AUGUCCGACUCCACCAAAUCCUCCACUCUCCCCAGCGCUGAAACUCCCAACCGCGCAACCGCAUCAUGUUUCUGCAGCGCCGUCCAGCUCUCCUUCCCCACCACCGGCCCGGGCAUCGCAAACAUCACAAUCUGCAACUGCACCGACUGCCGUAAAAUCACCGCCUCCAUGUUCGCCUCCAACUUCUCCAUCAGCGACGACUACCUGAUCCACGAGCGCGGCCAGUCAAAUCUCAAGACCUAUUCCACCAAACACGGCGUGCAGAGCGGCAAGACGAUGACGAAUUACUUCUGCCAGACGUGUGGUACUCUGAUGUAUAGGGUUGGUGAGAGGUUCCCUGGGUGGAGGAUCUUGAGGCUGGGGACGCUGGAUGAUUUGGACUUGGUGGAGGGCGUUAUGAAGCCAAGGUUUGAGCAGUUUGUGAAGAGUAGGGCGGGAUGGUUGGACGGGCCGAAUGUUGAGGGGGUGCAGAGGUUUGAGGAUGGGGCGUUCUAG